GAUUGAGCCGCGCUCGCGUUUUGGAGUUUGGCCUGCACCUGACGCUACAGUCACUGCAAUGCCGUCUGGUUGCCCCUCCCGUCCUCUUCUCUAGGUUAGUAAACGCCUGAAAGUCAACAUUGCCAGCACCCACUUUUGGAAGGAGUCUUUCACGUUUUAUGUCGUCCAGCACACUGCAAACUUGAAAGGCGCCCUACCGAUUGGACAUCAUGGGCCGCGAAGAACAAAUUGAAGAGAGGGAAGUCCUCGACUCCAUCUUCCCAGAUGAGAUCCAAGAUAUCUCCGAUACCGAAUACCGGAUUACUAUCACGCUGGACAUUCCUGAUGAUGAUGCCGAAGAAACACCAAGCAUGGUACUUACCGUACGGUACCCCGAAGACUAUCCCGACAAGCCACCUUUCCUUGAGCUUGCGUCCGCCCCAAAUGCGCCGCCCCAUCAGUACAUAAACAUUGCCGACGAUCGGUUCCAGCUGCUCGAAGGUAUCCAAGAGACAAUUGAAGAGAAUUUGGGGAUGGCCAUGAUCUUUACUGUUGUGUCGGCGUUGAAGGAUGCUGCGGAGCAACUGGCAGUAGAGCGGAGGGACGCUGCCAUCAAGGCGCAAGAGGAGGCCGCCCUUGCCGCGGAGCGCGAAGAGAACAAGAAGUUCCAGGGCACUCCCGUCAAUCGCGAAACCUUUUUGAAGUGGAGGGAGAGUUUCUUGCAGGAACUGGAAGAUCAGAGAAUCAAGGAGGAAGAGGAAAAGGCGGCCGAGAUGAAGAAGGCAAGGAUAAAGGAGCCUGUCAAGCUCACGGGCAAACAACUCUGGGAGAGGGGCUUGGCUGGGAAGGGUGAUGAGGACCUGGAAGGCGAUGAUGACGUCCCCGUGGAAGAGGUCCAGAAACUCACGGUUUAGGACCGUUAGACAAAUCGUAAGCCCUCUAUCACGUUCGCCAAAAUUAUCUAAUUCUUUGCUGUAGGCUUUAAUCCGCUCUAAGUAUACCUAACCCAUGUGAAAACCAAUCCUGAACAUUACUUUUUACCCCUCUUAACCGGACUCCAGGGUAUGCCAUAACAAGUUUGCCUGAAAAAGACGCCUCAGCUUAAGGUGGUAUGGUUAGAAGACAAACGAGACGAAGCCAGUUGGGGCCAUUUAACUCAUCUCCUCAUCUUCAUCUUCCUCAACGUCUGUAUCUUCCCAAACCUCAUCUUCCUCAGCGCCAACAACACCAAGUUCACCCCUAAUGGAGUCCAGCAAUUCUUGUGCGUGUGCUCCAAGCCUUUCAUCUUCGUACUCGAUGGCCGCGUAUGUCCGGAGGCAUUGUGCAAGGUACUUGCGCGACAAGCGCCAGAUAUCUUGCCAUGUCUCACCUUCGGGAGCUUGCAGUUCUCCGCUCUUGAUUUUCUCGCCCAGAAGAUACCUGCCAUAGCCACUUAGAUACCAGACCUCCACAGCUUGGUCAUCUUCAAUGAUCAAGCGCUCUGCGACGUCUAUCGCCUUCUCCUCCAUUCCAACCUCAAUCAGCAGUCGGACCAAGCUCACCCGAGUAGGAAACUGUGGCACGCUGGGAUCCUCGGGCUCAAGGAGUUCCCACAGUGCCAUGCUCCGCCUCAAAGCCUCCUUGGCCUCGUCCACCCUUGUUUGGGAAAUGCGAACAUUGGCAACGGUUUGCCAGGUGUCGGCCAGCUCGGGUGCUAGCAUUAUGGCCUCGGUGAUGAGAGCUUCGCAUCGCUGCUCGGCGUCCUCUUCCCAGCUCAGAUCGGUCAUGUAAACCUCUGCCACGGCGCAGAGAAUUGCCGCAAGUCGUCUCUUCUUUUCGGUAAUGAGAGCCUCUUGCUGUUCCUUCCCGUGGGGCCUCUUCUCAAGCUCGUCGCUCAGAGUCUGGAUCUGGAGGCGCAAAGCAGAGGCACCGCGAUCGUACCAGGAAACGCUGUCUUGUCCACCUUCUUCGCUGAGCUGCGCAAGCCACAAAAACUUUUCGGGACCCCCAGCAACAUCCUCGGGGAGUGUGCCAUCCUCAUCUGUUUUGACUGCAGCAAAGAAGAACUCGCGGGCGGCUUCGAUCUCGCCCAGCUCGACGUAGAUAUGGCCCAAGAGGGAAAGAGCGGCGCCAGCGAGUUUUCCGUCUUCUCCAAUUGCCUUGUAGGCAGAUUUUGCCGUCUUUGCCGCACUCUCAAUGUCGCCAACCUCGAGCAUCGCACUCGCAUUGUUGAGCAGUUCUCUAGCGUUCACAUUGGACGGUUGAGCGGCGCCUCUAGCGCGAGCCUUCGCCUUGUCCUUCUGGGAUUUGUUUUUCGGCUUCGUGGGCGCCAUGUUAUCUGAAGGAUCUGGUCGGUUUGAGGUAAAGAAGGAGUGGAUGGAGGGUGAAAUGGCGGUUUGUUGUUUACUACCAGCUUGCGGUCC